UACUAAGGACGUCGAACGCCAUGUUGGAAAAGAAACGUGUUUGAGAGAACUUUUGUAAUUUUGAUCAAAAAAAUCAUGGCAUCACUUGCAAGUUUACUCCCAAAUCCAGUUAAUAUUGCUUACUCAGAGGACAAAGAAGAUGAAGAGCUUGAAAAUUCGUAUAAGCAACUGUCAGUUGUUGCUAAAGAACCGCCGCCGUACGGUAGACGCCAUGGUUGGAUCCCUAGAAGACCGGAGGAUUUUGGCGAUGGAGGAGCAUUUCCUGAGAUCCACGUUGCCCAGUAUCCUCUAGAUAUGGGUAAAAAGAACACUAGUAAAUCAUCAAAUGCUUUACCUGUUCAACUUGACGCACAAGGCAGGGUUAAGUACGACGCCAUAUUGAAACAAGGACACAAAAAAGACAAAGUUGUUCAUUCGAAAUUCACUGAUUUGGUUCCCGCGCAUUUAAAGAGUGACAAUGAUGAUGAGUUUAUGAGACCAGACGAAGAAGAGGUAAAAAGUGUGACAGACAAAACAAGGGAAGCUUUAGAGAAGGUUGUAAAUACCAAAAUAGCUGCCGCUCAACCAACGCAGGCAGCUCAGAAACAGCAACCAGCACAGUAUAUUCGUUAUACUCCAGCUCAACAAGGAGCUGCUUUUAACUCUGGUGCCAAGCAACGAGUUAUUCGAAUGGUUGAAAUGCAGAAAGAUCCAAUGGAGCCACCAAGGUUUAAAACCAAUAAAAAGAUUCCCCGGGGACCCCCAUCACCACCUGCUCCCGUCAUGCACUCACCCAGCCGCAAAGUCACAGUUAAAGAGCAACAAGACUGGAAGGUCCCUCCCUGCAUCUCUAACUGGAAGAAUGCUAAAGGGUAUACCAUUCCCCUUGACAAGCGUUUAGCUGCUGAUGGUCGUGGACUUCAAGAUCCACACAUCAAUGACAAGUUUGCUAAACUUGCAGAGGCACUGUAUAUUGCUGAUAGAAAAGCGAGAGAAGGAGUUGAACUAAGAGCACAACUUGAGAAGAAACUAGCACAGAAAGAGAAAGAAAAGCAAGAAAAGAAAUUGAGGGAGUUAGCCAUGAAGACAAGAGAGGAAAGAGCUGGAAUCAAGACUGCUUCUGACCGAUCUGUUGAUGAAAGAGAACGAGAUCAUUUGCGUCAUGAGAGGCACAAAGAUAGAGAAAGAGACAGACGCAUAUCCAAAGCCGCACCAGAUAAACGUUCCAAGCUACAACGAGACAAAGAGCGUGAYAUUAGUGAGCAAAUUGCAUUGGGAGUUGCUCGUGGAGGAACAGCAUCAGAUGAUAGCAUGUUUGACCAAAGGCUAUUCAACCAAGAUAAAGGAAUGGACUCUGGUUUYGGUGAAGAUGAUGCAUAUAAUGUAUAUGACAAAGCCUGGAGGAAAAAUACUAGUACUGCGUCAUCUAUUUAUCGACCAUCCAAGAAUAUUGCUGAUAAGGAUGUGUAUGGUGAUGAUAUAGAAAAGCUAGUAAGGACUGAAAGAUUUCACGCCGACAAAGAGUUUGCUGGAACUGAUCACAGUCAAAAAAGAGAUGGCCCAGUUCAGUUUGAAAAAGAAGAGGAACUUGAUCCUUUUGGACUUGAUAAGUUUCUUACAGAAGCCAAAAAGGGCAAAAGAACACUUGAUGAGCCAAGGUCUAGAGAUCAUGACAGCCGUAGUAAAAGAAAGCGUUAAUAUAUACUUUUUUUCUUACAUACCAUUUCCAAAAACGGAUCAUUGUUGAACUGUGUUACAAUCUGAAACCAGCAAUAUGGACGCAUAAAAGACAAAAGUGAAACAUUUUACAUUUUGUGUCAUUCAGGAAUAGCUAAAAUAUUCAUGAUGUAAAUGUCAUGUAAUAGCUAACAAAAUGACUGUUAUUUUAUGGCUUUUCAAAGUCUCCAGAAGGUGUCAACCAAAAUAAUCCUAUGACACAUCUUAAAAUGGGUCAUUUUAUUUGCAUGAAUAUUAGCGAUAGUAGAAUUCAAAACUUAGUACAAAUGAUACUAGAUUUACAUCAGUAAUAUUGUUUAAUUUUCAAUGAAAAACAAAACAGCCAACUGUAAAUAAAUCAUGUUUACUAUCAGAAACAAUCUGUAUUUCAUACGUAGUUGAAUAGAGAACAAAUAGUUGUUAAAUUAUUACC